AUGAACUUAAGUUCAAAAGGAAAUAAUGCCGGCGUAAGUCUCGCAAACGUGCUGUCCGUUCUAUUCCGAUGUCUGAUGGAGAUAAAAGAUUCUUCCACGGAGGCUCCUCAUUUCGACAAGAAGCUGAUCCUCCAGCUAGAGUCCCUAUCUCUUCUACGAUUUGAUGACGAACAAGCCGUGGCGCUACUCGGAGCUGUUGUCAGAAAGGCAAAACAAUUGCGGCAUGUUGGCGUUGAGAAUAGUUCCACAAUGUUCACUGUAUGGGAGCAACUGGAAUGUCCUGUAAAUAAUGAUGUUCCUAGUGAGGAUUGCCUAGGGAAAAAGGUGUUGUCAAAUGCUACACGGACAAUGGACAAUUAUUUCGUAUCACCACCUGGCAAUAUACCACUAGCUGAAGCGGGAAGCCUCGAUCUUGACCUCAUCAGUCAAUGGGAUAAAAUUGGCUUACCGCGAGCCUUCAAACCCAAGAAGCAAAAAUCGGAUGUUUCUAGUAGUUCCUGA